AUGGAUAUGUUAAUUCGAUCCCCAUGGCCUGCCAGCUGCUCUAGAGUGGCUGAACUAAGGCAUGUAUGGUGGUUAGACAUCAAGGGAAGGAUCAAAACAAACAUUCUGUUGCCAAAAUCAACUUAUGGAGCUUAUUUUGUGUAUAAACUCAACAAACGUAGCUGGGCAUCUAAGAAAAUACCAGUUGAGUCGAGAGUAUAUUUUGAAGGAGAAGAGGAGUUCCAUGAACACGAGGGUGGGCAUAAAGUGUUCUUAGACCCUUCAGGAGAUGAGCAGGAACUAUGUAAAGUUAGAGAAGAUGGUUGGUUGGAGGUGGAAAUUGGUGAGUUCUUCAAUGAUGGCAGAGAGGAUAAGCGGGUGGUGGUAUGCAGUCUAAUGGAGACUGAUGAGUAUAUCACUAAGAGUGUACUGGUUGUUGAAGGAAUUGAGUAUAGGCCUAAAUCUGGUAAAUAG